AUGCGUGUUCUAGCUUUCUGUGUGCUUAGGUGCCCGAGCUACUGAGGGUCUAAGUCCGGGCAGCCGAAGAGUGUGGUAGGUAACGGUCGCCAGCGCAAGGGUCAUUUCGUCGCUGGGAAGGGACGGCCCUCGCCCGCGGUGAUGGUGGUUAGCAAGAUGAACAAAGAUGCACAGAUGAGAGCUGCGAUUAACCAAAAGUUAAUAGAAACUGGAGAAAGAGAACGCCUCAAAGAGUUGCUGAGAGCUAAAUUAAUUGAAUGCGGCUGGAAGGAUCAGUUGAAGGCACACUGUAAAGAGGUAAUUAAAGAAAAAGGACUAGAACACGUUACUGUUGAUGACUUGGUGGCUGAAAUCACUCCAAAAGGCAGAGCACUGGUACCUGACAGUGUAAAGAAGGAGCUCCUACAGAGAAUAAGAACAUUCCUUGCUCAGCAUGCCAGUCUUUAAGGUUGAAUUAGAAUGUAUUGUUCUGUGGAUUUAUUUCUAAAAGUAAAACUUGCCAUAAAUUAGAAAUCGAUUUCCCAAAAUAAAGUCCUUUUUUGUAUGAUGGUAUACAGUUUUCAGUAAUGAUGUAUACAUUGUAUUGAUUUUUUUCCCUAAAUGUGUUAUUUUAAUAAAUAUCUCAUGAAUGAGUUUGAAGUUUGCUUGGAUUUUGGAAUAAAUGGGAUUCUCUCUUUAUUACUGAUGGACUAGAUUUGUUGAAAGAAAGGUCAUCAAUUACUAUAAUUCAAGUAUUUUUGUGUGCAGUUCUCUGUGCUGGCAGCUGAGCAGUGAGCAACCUUUCUUGGUUGUCUGUGCAUGGUGUGUUCCUCUUGAAUCCCCAUAUUUUAUAAAUUGUACUACCCCAUCUUGUACUAUAGUUACUCGUCUUGUUUCUUACUUGUUAGAAAUUCUGAGGGUUAGGACUGAGUCUUACUCAUCUUUAUGUGCCUUCCUUAUGCUUCAAAGAAUUUACCGUCUAGUGGACGAGAGAACAUUUGCAAGCUGGCUGCACACCACAUGCUCUACUCAUCUGAACUUUGAAAGCAGAAUCUCUAAAUUGCAUUUCCAUAUACUGAGGUCAAGAAAGAAAUAAUGGGAAAUAAUCUCCGCCCAUUAGCUUUACUCUGACAUCAGGAUUGCCAAAUCUAAAGGACUCUUUGUCUAUAUGUGACUUCUGCUGCAGAGUGAGAAUGUUGACCAUCCUGCCACUUGGAACUUUUCAUCCCACUUCUCACAUUGUUUCUUCCUCCCACUGGAAGUUCUUUCUGGGUUUUUUUUUGUGGAGUUCCGCUUGCCGUAUGUGACUUUUAAGUAAUGUUUUCUAGGACUCUCUCCUGAGCCCUCUGCCUGACUAAUGAUAUCUUUUCUCUGGCUGAAUCCCAGGAAAUGGGUCUGAUCAUGGCUGCAAAUACCAAGUGGUUGAUAAAUCCUAAACUGUCUCUAAGCCAGACUUAUUUCUAGCCUGAGACUCACAUAUCCAUCUGUGGGUCAGCCUCCUUGGAUAUUCCACAAACACCUUAAAAUGAUUGUACUUAAAAUAGUAACUAGCCUUGCUGUAUACUCCUUGCUCCUGGAAUCUCUCAGACACACAGAUGACCCAAGACGAUCGAUUGCUAAUGCUGUUUUUGAAGGCAAGAGGUAAGAGACGAGAUGAUUUCUAGAAGCCCUGAGUUUGUGUAUACGCUGCUGACUACCUGGGGGCUGCAUUGAGAAUAACAAGGCUGUAAACUUAGAUUAUCCGUCCUACGUUACUGUCUGUUCUCGGGCCCAAGCGAAUGCAGUUGACUCCUCUGUGCCUCCACCAUCGCUCCCUAUUGCCUAUGUGGCCUUAAUAAAAUUCAAGUCUGAUCAUUUAA